AUGAGUGGAAUUGCGGCCUCUCGUCUGUCGGAAGAGCGGAAAGCGUGGCGGAAGGACCAUCCUUUUGGAUUUGUCGCCCGUCCUUCGAAAAAUCCGGAUGGAACCCUGAAUUUGAUGAACUGGGAGUGCGCCAUUCCUGGCAAGAAGGGGACGCCCUGGGAGAACGGGGUAUACAAACUGCGGAUCUUGUUUAAAGAGGAUUAUCCGUCUUCCCCGCCCAAAUGCAAGUUUGAGCCGCCCCUCUUCCAUCCAAACGUGUACCCUUCAGGCACCGUUUGCUUGUCUUUGUUGGAUGAGGAGAAGGACUGGCGCCCUGCCAUAACCAUCAAGCAGAUUCUCUUGGGCAUUCAGGAGCUGUUGAACGAGCCAAAUAUCAAGGACCCUGCUCAGGCAGAAGCGUACACGAUUUAUUGCCAAAACCGAUCCGAAUAUGAAAAGCGAGUUCGAGCACAAGCCCGACUCAUGGCUGCGCAAGACGGAGUCGUGGUUAUGAGUGAGAAGGUGGUGAGGAGAAGACGAUUACCCGUGAGGACGUGUCGAGCUUGUCCGGGUUGUACCGAUUAUUCCCCAGCAGCGACGACGACGACGACGUCGAAAAAGGAAACUUGCCGGUUAUCGUCGAGCGAUGAUCGUUCAGUCGUCAAAUUCAGCUUGUUUGAAGUGCCGUGCAGCGAUGAGAGAUUUUUCGAGGGCCUGAAUAAGUUCAUCACCUCCCUGGAAAAGGUCCGGAAAAAGAAGCCCUUUCGACGUAGUAAAAUCCCACAAGCGCCGAAAAGGGAUAAGCUGGAAGACACUGAUGAGAACAACAACAACAGCAGCAGCAGAAAGAGAAAAAGAUCCUCGUUGUGCUGGAAAACUUGCUCGAAAGAGUCAAAAUGCUCUUCUCUUCGAAAGGAGAAGGAAUUCGACGAUAUUAAAACUUCGGAAAAUGUGAAUCUCUUGUUUGUGGAGCCGUCCGUGUUCAGGGACUUGGACCAAGACCUAAAUCAACUCAUGUUCAAGUAUUUCGGUAAACGUUCAUCGUCUAAAGAUCUUCGCGUCGAAUUAAUCAUGAGUGAAACCGAGUGUGAAGAGUGCAAACUGCUGAAGGCAGAGCUUGCUUUACAAAAGGCUGAGUUGGAGCACUUGAAAUGGCGUCUGGAAGACGUCCAAGGCAGAUCCACCAGCUGUGUGGAGACGCAGACAGAGGAGACAUCUGCCGGAGUUUACUGCGAGGAUGUAGCCAAGAUGGCAGCCGAAGUGGCGGAAGAGGUUGCCACACAGUCCGGAUUUGUGUUUGAUGAUUCGUCUGGGUAUUAUUAUGACACCACCAGUCGAAUGUAUUAUGAUGUGUCAAGUGGACUGUAUUAUGAGCCAUUAUCCAUGUCAUACUUCCGCUACAACCCGGAAACUGGAGAAAGUGAAAUUGUGUCGAAAGCAGAAUAUCCUCCUGAAAAUCCAAGAGUCAAGGCUGAUGUUGAUGAAGAAAAUGCGGAAGAAGGAAGAUGGCCACCUUGUGUGAGACUAGUGAUUGAAGCUUCAACACGUCUGAGAGUUGGGUCAGUUAUGAUAGUUACACACCCUGGGGGAAUUCUUGGUUCAGAUGACACCUGUGACAUUGUUGUGGCUGAUGAUGGCAUAAUGGGGAAACAUGCUGAAGUUGUUUUCAAUGAGGAGUCUGGAAUGUAUCAGAUCAGGACCAUUGGGAAAGCAUCUUUGGUGGUUUCUGGAAAUGUGCUGGGUCCAAAAUCCGCAUUUGUACCAUUCGGUCAUUGGUCAUCCCUUCAGAUGGGAACAACUCUGAUGAAGUGUCACGUGCACGGAGGCACAGAGACGUGCAAUUCCUGUGAACCCGGCCUGACACUAGCAGCGUCUUCCAACUUGAACACGGGGAUCUACGCUGGUCUGAAGGGGGAUCCCGAAGCAGAAAGACGCCGGGCGAUGAAGGCCCUCAAGAGGAAAUACGCUGUCGAAGGAGCACCCAAUGUCGGAGGAAAGGCUCCCGAUUUGGGGAGUGAAUAUCGAGACCGGGCUGGAGAGAGGAGAAUUACCAAAGGCGUGGAUGAUCUGUAUGCCAAACCAGUCACUUCGUCUCUUGAUCAGCCCAUCAGGAAGGAUAACGUUGGUCGAAAGAUGAUGGAGAAGAUGGGAUGGAAGCAAGGAGAAAAAUUGGGUUCUGGAAGUGAUGGUGGACUGGCGGAACCGAUUGGAUUGGACGCCGCAAAAAGUGCAGGAGACAGAGGAGGAUUAGGUCUGGGAUUUGGCUUUCAACAUUUCCUUCAACCUCCCCCACCACCUCCUCCCAAAAAGGAAAAUUCUUGAUCAACUUUCCAAAAAUUGCAAGCCAGAAAAUGAAUACAUUUUGGAUUUUGAAAA